AGGACCCUGAAGCCUCACAAAUGAAAAGCUUCCCUCUAAACAGCUACAUAUGGCCUAUUACCCCCGGCUUAACCUUUUCAACUCAGUCCCCGACCGACUGCUGGGGAGGAGGAGAGAGCCAAGCAGAGGGGAGCCGUCCUCUAUUCACAUCCUAGAUCCUGCUAAUGUGGGGGAGGUUCUGUAUCUGGUGUUUGGAUGGACAUCUUCAUAUCUGUGGUGUACAUGCAGGCCUGGUAUUGGAAGAGAUGUUUGGAGGAGGGUUUAUGUGUUUUCUCUCUCCUCGUGUCUGUGUCAGGGUGACCUGAUAAGAGAGACAUAAGACUAUAAUGGACAUGUUCAAGGACUUUAACAAGAUAUCACCAGGAUUUGAAUUAACCCUCCCCGUACCUUGUCUUUCUCCCCCAAACCAAACGGAGCCUUUCUUUAGCUCUACUUUCAGUUUCAUUUUAAUAUUGUAGGAGAUUGGAGAUUUUCUAUGGAACAUUUUCUAUGUCCAUGAGUAACCUAGGCUUCAAUGUGUCCUGGAAACCUGACCCUAAGGUUCAGAUGCGCACAUCUAUUUGACAGAGUUUCGUAUUGUAUUCCCCAGUAAUAUGACUGGCAGAGACAGUCUCCAUAGGAAUAUACUGUAGAUAGCUGAGGCUUCCCUCUCUGUACACAAGUAUCUUAUUUAUUUGGCCUGCAUGUAAACAACUCUCUGAGUGGAGGAGGAAUAUCCAGCCUGAUCUAACUGAGUGGAGGAGGAAUAUCCAGCCUGAUCUAACUGAGUGGAGGAGGAAUAUCCAGCCUGAUCUGCGCGGAGGAGGAAUAUCCAGCCUGAUCUAACUGAGUGGAGGAGGAAUAUCCAGCCUGAUCUAACUGAGUGGAGGAGGAAUAUCCAGCCUGAUCUAACUGCGUGGAGGAGGAAUAUCCAGCCUGAUCUAACUGAGUGGAGGAGGAAUAUCCAGCCUGAUCUAACUGAGUGGAGGGGGAAUAUCCAGCCUGAUCUAACGGAGUGGAGGAGGAAUAUCCAGCCUGAUCUAACUGAGCGGAGGAGGAAUAUCCAGCCUGAUCUAACUGAGUGGAGGAGGAAUAUCCAGCCUGAUCUAACUGAGUGGAGAAGGAAUAUCCAGCCUGAUCUAACAGAGUGGAGGAGGAAUAUCCAGCCUGAUCUAACUGAGAGGAGGGGGAAUAUCCAGCCUGAUCUAACGGAGUGGAGGAGGAAUAUCCAGCCUGAUCUAACUGAGCGGAGGAGGAAUAUCCAGCCUGAUCUAACUGAGUGGAGGAGGAAUAUCCAGCCUGAUCUAACUGAGUGGAGGAGGAAUAUCCAGCCUGAUCUAACUGAGUGGAGGAGGAAUAUCCAGCCUGAUCUAACUGAGUGGAGGAGGAAUAUCCAGCCUGAUCUAACUGAGUGGAGGAGGAAUAUCCAGCCUGAUCUAACUGAGUGGAGGGGGAAUAUCCAGCCUGAUCUAACGGAGUGGAGGAGGAAUAUCCAGCCUGAUCUAACGGAGUGGAGGGGGAAUAUCCAGUCUGAUCCAAGUAGCUGACAGGAAGAGGAAUAUCCAGCCUGAUCCAACCGCACAAUAGCCUGGUCUCAGAUCUGUCUGCGCUGUCUUGCCAACUCCAUUUCUGUCACAGCAACGCGCUGGAGUUGUCAAGAGAGCACAGACAGAUCUGAGACCAGGCUAAAGCCAAUGGCUUCCACCACAAAACAUUUACAUCUAAUAGAUAGGAGAGAAGCUGGGAGGACUGGUGAGAGGCAAGGACUAGUUCUGUUUCUGGGCAUAUUUAGACAUAAUCAGGAGUCAUACUGAUCUAAAUUGCUCUGUGAAGGUUUUCCAGAACUCUGGUUUAAAACACAACAAUGUUAGACUGUUGUUCAUAUUGAUCCAGUCUAGUUUUAACUCUGGUUUAAAACACAACAAUGUUAGACUGUUGUUCAUAUUGAUCCAGUCUAGUUUUAACUCUGGUUUAAAACACGACAAUGUUAGACUGUUGUUCAUAUUGAUCCAGUCUAGUUUUAACUCUGGUUUAAAACACGACAAUGGUGGACUGUUGUUCAUAUUGAUCCAGUCUAGUUUUAACUCUGGUUUAAAACACGACAAUGGUGGACUGUUGUUCAUAUUGAUCCAGUAUAGUUUUAACUCUGGUUUAAAACACGACAAUGGUGGACUGUUGUUCAUAUUGAUCCAGUCUAGUUUUAACUCUGGUUUAAAACACAACAAUGUUAGACUGUUGUUCAUAUUGAUCCAGUCUAGUUUUAUGGUCACUUCAAGGCCUCAUUAUAGAAAUAUCCUGUUUCCUGUAUUUGGUUGAUAUGUCGGAGAACAAAAUAACAGAUUUCCUGUGUUCUCCGUUCUGCUGCUAAAACAAGUGUUACGUCAGCUGUCACACACAGAGUAUUUCUACUGUCUCUUCAUUAUUAGGACCAGGGUUAUUACAGGUUCUCUACCUCCUAGGUGUCUGUAAAGACAUGAGCCACCUUCUGUCCAAUCUAACUCAAUGUUUAUUACAGGUUCUCUACCUCCUAGGUGUCUGUAAAGACAUGAGCCACCUUCUGUCCAAUCUAACUCAAUGUUUAUUACAGGUUCUCUACCUCCUAGGUGUCUGUAAAGACAUGAGCCACCUUCUGUCCAAUCUAACUCAAUGUUUAUUACAGGUUCUCUACCUCCUAGGUGUCUGUAAAGACAUGAGCAACCUUCUGUCCAAUCUAACUCAAUGUUUAUUACAGGUUCUCUACCUCCUAGGUGUCUGUAAAGACAUGAGCCACCUUCUGUCCAAUCUAACUCAAUGUUUAUUACAGGUUCUCUACCUCCUAGGUGUCUGUAAAGACAUGAGCCACAUUCUGUCCAAUCUAACUCAAUGUUUAUUACAGGUUCUCUACCUCCUAGGUGUCUGUAAAGACAUGAGCCACCUUCUGUCCAAUCUAACUCAAUGUUUAUUACAGGUUCUCUACCUCCUAGGUGUCUGUAAAGACAUGAGCCACCUUCUGUCCAAUCUAACUCAAUGUUUAUUACAGGUUCUCUACCUCCUAGGUGUCUGUAAAGACAUGAGCCACCUUCUGUCCAAUCUAACUCAAUGUUUAUUACAGGUUCUCUACCUCCCAGGUCUCUGUAAAGACAUGAGCCACCUUCUGUCCAAUCUAACUCAAUGUUUAUUACAGGUUCUCUACCUCCCAGGUCUCUGUAAAGACAUGAGCCACCUUCUGUCCAAUCUAACUCAACUAAACCAGGCUAAACAUGACCCUUAUGAAAUUACAUUCCUGCUCAAUCUAUGCCUGCCAGGGAAACACAUUUUUAAUAAAUAUAUUGGUGCUGGCAAUGUUAGUUAUUGUACUUAGGCUUAUAGUGCACUACUUUUGACCAGGGCCCAUAGGGCUCAGGUCAAAUGUAACACACUAGACAGAGAAUAGGGUGCUAUUUGGGACACAAACAUCACUAGCAGGUUCAAGGGUAAUACUGGGGGAUUUGGAAAAGACAAGAGGAUUUAGAAGUGAUUUAGUGUUCAUUUUGAGUUGAACCAAGUCAAGUCCAACAGUUUGUCCUCGGGGUCUUUCAUUAAAUCACAGCAGGAGGGACUGGGACAUAAAUCUCCAAGUCUACUCUGCUUUCAUCCACAUGAACACUGAAUAAACACUGAAGCUUGUUGUUUUCUCUUACUUUACUUUGCUAACUUGCCAGUUCUAGUUCUGACUAAUGACCCAUAUUUGUCCAUUAAAACAAGCCUUUUCUCUUUCCCCCGUCAGGUUCGAUGCCGGUCUGUGACUCUGCUAAACAGUAACCAUGGCCACAGUAACCAUGGCCCUCCUGUCCUAAGAUCAGACUCCAGUGGAUGUUUUGAGGAAAAAGAAGAUGGAGGAUCUUUGCUCGGAGCAUGUAGCUGACCUUCCUCAGAAUGGGGGAAGUAGUGGAGGAGGAAGAGGUGGUGGAGAGGGGGUCAGAAAGGUAGAGAACACUGUCACCCAGCUGAUUACAAGCGAGGCCUCACGCAUCAGCUCUCCUGGCCAGGCUAAUCAGAAACCAAGCCUUUCACAUAUGGUAACUAUCCCAGCGUCCCCCACCAUGGUCAGUCCCAGCGCCGAGGCUCGAGAAGGGGUGGCUCUUAAGGUGGCUGCCACCGUGCUUCAGCCUCUCUGUCUGGGGGACAGUCCUGUGAUGCUGCCCAUCCACCCCCUCCAACAGAUGGCUGGAGGAACCCCUCCCCAGGGGAUCCCUCCGUACCUCCUGACCCACCAGGGGCCUCUCUCCCUGGGCUCCCUCUCCCAAGGCCCUGGUCUCUCCCUGCCUCUGGUCCUGGAGCAGCAUGUGUUCCAGCAUCUGAACACCAUGGGAGCGAUGCUCCAGCAGACUCCCCCCUACCCUUCCCUGUCCUUCCUCCAGAACAAUCUGCUGUGUCACACCCAGCCUCAGACCUCUUCCAUGGCUUCGUUGGCCUUCUGCCAGCCUCCAGCCCUGGAUCAGAAACUACCUGGACCUCCAGCCCAGGACCCAGGUAUUCAUGCCAUCCUCCAGAACCCGGCAUUCGCUGCCCUCAUACAGGACCUGUUUUCUGCUCAGACCAACCCCAUCUCCUCUUCCUGUCACCCAGCGGAGUCAACCCCAACUGACCCCUUUGCUUCAGCCCCGUUCCCCCCAUCCCAACCCCAACCUCCACCCCUCUCCUACCCCUACAGCUCCCCGCUAGCCCCCCUGGUACCCCCUGCCACCCUCCUGGUCCCCUACCCUGUCAUUGUUCCUCUCCCUGUGCCUCUACCCAUCCCUCUCCCUAUCCCCGUCCCACAGAGCCAGGAGUCCAAAGGAUUCUCUGACCCCUCUAAAUCAGCCUGCAUGGUGACUAAAAGCACACAGACUAACUAUGAGGAGAUCGUCAGUCCUCCACCACAUGGUAACAUUAUGACUCUUUACCCUCCAUCGUCAAUGGCCUCUCUGUCCUCUGUUGCCAUGGUCCCCGAGGGGGAGGUGCUUGACCUAUCAGUGAAAUCCCCUCCCAUUAUCCAACCAAAGCAGGAAAUGGCAUUUCAACAACACGAUGACACUGUCCUCGACCUGUCUGUAGCUAGUAAACAGAAAAGAAAAGAGCGUCCUUCAUCGCGGGACUGGCACACUUCUUCCGAGGGCGCUACUACAGCUUGGCUCCCUUCACCCGAGGGCACUACAUCUGUUUCUCUGGAGGUCUUAAAGCCUGCGGAGUGCACUCAGAAGCUUCACCACCACCCUAGCCUGUUGAACGGUGUAACCCAUGUAGAAUUCAGUAGACGGCGUCAGUGGGCGGUUGUGGAUGGAGGUGGGAGCGGUAAUAGACCCAGCAGCGAGCCCAAGAGCAGUAGCAGCAGCGGUAGCUCCAACUUUGAGAUCUUUCACACCUCUCAAACAGCCAAAGUCAUCGUGGCGGUCAAAGACGCGAUCCCCACCACCGCCAUCUUCUGUGGGAAGAUCAAGUCUCUCUCAGGGCUGUCCAGUAAGAGCCUGUCUAUUAAACAACACGACUCCUCCGGCCACACGGGGGCGCUGUUACAUCAGUGUUACGGUUCUCUGCCUCUAACCAGAGGACACCAUGUGGUGGAGCAGAAGGACCCUAACCUCCCCAGGAACAGACAGGCCAUCAAACUGAAGAAGGUCAGUUCACAGGAGAUCCACAUCCUCCCCAUCAAGAAGCAACGUCUGGCUGCCUUCUGCCCCAGGAAGUAGAGAGUUAGCCUGGUCCCAGAUCUGUUUGUAGAGAGGAGUUAGCCUGGUCCCAGAUCUGUUUGUAGAGGAGUUAGCCUGGUCCCAGAUCUGUUUGUAGAGAGGAGUUAGCCUGGUCCCAGAUCUGUUUGUAGAGAGGAGAUAGCCUGGUCCCAGAUCUGUUUGUAGAGGAGUUAGCCUGGUCCCAGAUCUGUUUGUACUGUCUUGCAGAUGUGGGACCAGGCUGGAGCGUGAAGUGUCAUUGUAGAAGUGGGAUCGAAUCCCGGGUCAGACAGACAGGGCGGUCUCUGUUACAUAAAGGAGGUGGUGAUGAGGUGAACUAUCCUUGACUAAGACCUGAAGACUUGCGUUAGCUCCCCGAGCUUAGCUAAUGCCUAGGCUUUAGCUCAACAGGCUAACACAGUCUUGUGGGACACAAGAGACCCGAGGUUCAAAUCCAGUUGGUUACGUGUCUUUACUGCUAGCUCUUGUUGUUGACAGAAGUUCUGAGACAUUGGCCAAGUGCUGUGACUACGGCAGACGAUUGAGGACAAUCUUCCUGGCACGGACAAUAUCUCUUCCAUGUGUUGAGAGACGAAGGACGACUUUGUUGCUGUAGUGCUGUGACUACGGCAGACGAUUGGGGACAAUCUUCCUGGCAUGGACAAUAUCUCUUCCAUGUGUUGAGAGACGAAGGACCACUUUGUUGCUGUAGUGUUGUGACUGUAUUUGUAGUUGUCUGACAUUUUUACCUUCAUGUUUAAUUCAUCAAUAUAAACUGUUAAAAGAGGACUUUCUCCUUUUACAAAAUGCUGUCAAUUCACAGAUUAAAUGUGGCUGUCCAUCGUCUGCUACUUCCCAUGUGAAAAGGUACAUUUGUUGAUGCUUCGCUAGGCCUAUACAGUAUUUCAUAUCUGAUUUAGGAUCAGACACUUAGCCAGUCAUUUGAUGGUUCAUGUUUGUAUGUGAUUCAGUUGGAGAAAACUGUCAUGAGAAUAAAACAAAGUGUUCUUGUUGAGCAUGAUGCCCCUUUGUCUUAA